UUCUUGACUUUACGUUGUUUCUUCAUUGAUGAUUGUUUUGUAGCAGAACACUGCUCUUUUGGGUAAUAAAUUUUUCAAUUAUCCAAAAAAAAGAGCUGGAAAUAGACUCUUUAUGAAAACCGUGCGUGACCAUGACAAACAAUCAAUUCCCAUGGAUCCGAAUCAACGAAGCAGCCAGUAACUGCAGAAAAACCAGGUAAGCCCCACCCCACUUCACUGCUGCUCUCCUCAUUCGAUUUCGCAAAGAACCAACCUGUCUAACUAACUGGAGACCCUUUUCUCGACCAUUGACCGAGUGAAAUUCAUCCUUGUUGGACCUCCUCUAGUGGGGCAUCAUCUCGCGAGUUUACACUCUCUUGCGUGUCUCACAACGAGGUGGAUGAUUGACCGUAUGCGAGAGUAGGCUGAGGUUGAUUCUAUACACGAGUAGGUGAUUGAACAUAGGCCAACAAGGUCAGCCUAACCUAAGUAGAUGGCCGCAUACUAGGCAACAUACUUUAUGUUAGUAUAGACCAAUCGAGAAAGUCCACAACCCUAGGACAGAGCUGUUCAUCUCGUGAUGCUAGGCCGGGUGAGGAUGGAACCAUCAGUGCCACAUCUCCUAUCCCCGGGAUGUAUGUAGAGAUCCCCUCUUACCAGGCUUACGAGGGACUUCUUUCGCCAAUGGUUGGAUCAAAUACUUUAGUUAGAGGUGGGGAUUCCUGCACGAUCAAGAUAAAUUACGUUGACCGCCGAACCAUCCUACCUGGUGUUCUCUGCCCUAUUCAGUUAGUCAAAAUAAAAGAAAACACUGACAUGACUCUUUCAAAGGCAUACAACAAUAUUUGCAACGCUCAGCAUCCCAUCAAGACACUCAAAGAUCUCAGUAACGUCAAAGGUGUUGGGAAAUGGAUUCUGGUGCUUUUGCGUGGCUAUUUUGACGGUGGUUCAGGAAGUUCAAAACCAGAAGACAUAACUAGAAAGGGCCAGAGAAAGGAAAAGGGAAACCUAGCCAAUUUGGAAUUUCUUCAAGGGACUGGUAUAGCGGAUGGACCUGCAUGUCUACGCUUAUAA